AUGAAGCGGAAUAAAUCAGGUUUACGGACUGAGUUGCUCACGGUGGAUAGAGGAAAGUGGUGUCCGCACUUGUAUUUAACAAUCCCAAUUCUUGAUCAGUUACUGGCCCAUUACAUUUUCAUCAGGGCUUUUGUUGGAAUUUUUCAAGCUAUGAAUGAAGGGCUGUAUAGUAACUGGACUCGAUUUGAAGCGAAGAUGGAUAAAUGGACUAAACCCGUUAAUCAUUAUUCUCAUGUGGCUGAUUCUGAGGCCCAACUUGUGCUGCUUAUGGCAAGAGAUGGUUGGAUAGUUAAGGAGGCCUAA